AUGUCUACAUACCAGCAGCAGCAAUAUCGUACAUCUCGUGAAUAUAUUGCUUUAAUACCAUUAGAAAAAACUUCGAUUAUUAAUAAAGUUUCUAUAGAAAGACGAAAUAUUAAAGAUACAAAAGAUAAUAAUAUUCUUUAUAUUAGUAAUGGAUCAAAUGUUAAUUUUAUUAUUUAUAAAAAUGAUGCUCAACUAAUACAAGAAGAUAAUGAACCAAUUCAAUUUUCAACUCAAUUUAAAGUUUUUAUGAUUGAUAGACAAACAAAAAAAUUACAUCAAGAAAAUCGAACAAUAAAUUUUUGGUUUCAUAAUCAUUUUAAACAAAAUCAAUAUGUUGAUGAUACAAAUGAAUUUUUACGUAUAUUAUUUAAAUCUGAUGAAUUUCCUCGAGAUUAUUUUUCAUUCAUUAAACAAUUAAUGGAAUUAUUAAGGUUAUUUUCAAGUAUAAGAAAAUUAGAACUUGAAAUUCAAACAUUGAUUGAUAGUAAUCAACCGAUAUAUGAAAAUAAUCUUCAACAAAAUGCUGAUUUAGUCAAAGAGAAACUUUUAGAUUUACUUGAACAAGCAUUUCCUAAUCCAAUGUUUGUUAAUGAUUUGACAAAAUAUCUCGAGUGUGACGGUCAUAUAGUAUUUCAAUAUCUUAGUGAAUUAGAAGAUAAAAAUCUUGUUAAACACCUUGAUCAUAGUAGUCAACAAUGGACACGUGUUAUUAUAUCAGCUGAAGAAGAACAUACUCAUAAAGUUAUUCUUUAUAAAUCAAUUUCAGAAUUAUCAAAUUCAUUACGUCCAACAAUUGCAAUUAUAACAGUAAAUUAUUUUGAAAAAUUAGCAGUUGAUGCUAUGAUUGAAAAUAAAGUUACAUUCGUACGACAUAAAGCAGGCGAAUCAAAUGUUUAUACAAUUGGUACAAUUGGUAGACAUCAUGUUGUUUCAACAAAAUUACCAUUAAUUGGUCGAAGUCGAACAGCACAAAUUUCAACUGGUAGUACAACUACUCGAUUAUUAGGUACUUUUCAAUAUGUACAACAUGUUUUUAUUAUUGGUUGUGCUGGUGGAAUUCCUCAUUAUACUGAUGCAAGCAAGCAUAUAAGACGUGGAGAUAUUAUAGUUGGAUAUCCAAAUGAAGAAGAUUAUGUUUAUGGUAUUUAUGAAGCUGAACAAUCUGCUGAAGGUUAUGAAUUUGUUUCUACCUGUUAUAAACCAAAAAGUUUUCAACUUUAUCAAGUAUUAGAAUCUAUAAAAGAAAAUUAUCACCAAACAAAUUUAAAUAGAUCAUCAACACAUAAAUAUCCAUGGGAAAAAUUUCUUAAAGACGGUAUAGAAUAUUUACUUUCACAUAAUAUUGAUUGUUUACCACCAUCUAAUGAUUGUCUUUGUAUUAAAACGAAAAAUAAUGAAAUAAUAGAAAUUGAACAUCCAAGUAACGAAAAAAAAGAUUAUUUACGACCAAUAAUACGUUUUGGUAUGAUAGCAGGUGGAAAAAAUAUUUUAACAAAUGAUUAUUUUAAAAUAACACUAAGUGAUAAAUGUAAUGUUUUAUGUUUUGAUUCUGAAAUUGAUCAAGUUAUUGCAGCUAUACAAGGUAAUCGUAUUGAAUCAUUUAUGAUUAUACGUGGAAUAUCAGAUUAUCAUGAUGGAACUUUAAAUAAAGAAUGGCAACCAUAUUCUUCUUUAUGUGCCGCAGCAUUUAUGAAAACAAUUAUUUAUAAAAUUCCAAAUAAUUUAUAUGCUCAUUCUAAUAGUCAACAUGAUGAUGAUGAUGAUGAUGAUGACAUACUUUAG